UGGAAGAGCUGACCUUGGAGCACAGCAUUGCUAAGUAUCUGAAAGAUGUCAAUGACCCUGGCUGCUGCUCGGAGACCUUGGGGAUGACCUGCACCCACUAGCAUGCCUGGAUGGUUCAAAAAGGCGUGGUACGGGCUGGCGUCUUUACUCAGCUUCUCCUCCUCCAUCCUGAUCAUUGUUGCCCUGGUAGUGCCGCACUGGCUGAGUGGGAAAAUCCUUUGUCAGACUGGAGUGGAUCUGGUCAACGCCACAGACAGAGAGCUGGUCAAAUUCAUUGGGGACAUUUACUACGGACUCUUCCGAGGGUGUAAGGUGCGGCAGUGUGGGCUCGGGGGCCGCCAUUCCCAAUUCACAAUCUUCCCACAGCUGGUGAAGGAGCUGAACACAGGCCUUCAUGUGAUGAUUCUGCUGCUCCUCUUCCUGGCCUUGGCCCUGGCUCUGGUCAGCAUGGGCUUUGCCAUUCUCAACAUGAUCCAGGUCCCAUACCGGGCAGUCAACGGUCCUGGGGGCAUCUGCCUAUGGAAUGUCCUGGCAGGUGGAGUCAUGGCAUUAGCCAUCGCCAGCUUCGUGGCUGCGGUGAAAUUUCAUGACCUGACGGAACGCCUCGCCAACUUUCAGGAGCGGCUUUUCCAGUUUGUGGUGGUGGAAGAACAGUACGAGGAGUCGUUUUGGAUCUGCGUGGCCAGCGCUUCAGCCCACGCCGCAAACUUGGUCGUGGUGGCGAUCAGUCAAAUUCCCCUCCCUGAGAUUAAGACCAAAAUGGAAGAGGCCACAGUCACGGCUGAGGAUAUCUUGUAUUAAUAGCCUUCCCUGCUCACACCCUGUCUGAAGUCAGUUCUGUGUGUGAAUGGAGGCCUCGUGUGUUUGCAGCCUUCCCACUCUUGUCAUGGCCACGUUCUCAGCAGUAAGAAGAAGGACGUGAAGGACCAAGGCCGUUGCUGGGGCCGGAAAAGAAAAACUUGCCCAGAAUCCCCAGCAUCCUUG